AUGCCGCUUGCAAAGCCAUUUCCAUCUUCGAUCCGUAAGGAUGGACCCGAAAAGCCAGAUUUGUCUAUGUGCGUCGAGCGCAAAGCGGGUUCUCUUCAGCUCUUUGUCCAGUAUGCGGAGACGGAUGGAAAAGGUGAAGACGGGACCGAUGCAACUCACAACUUUAUCAUGAUUGUGUACCAGGCCCGCGAUGUCGAUCAGGUCGACGGCGAGGAACUGCAAGUGGUGCGUAUCGGGAAAAUUGCUUAUGGAAAGAACGAGCUUUGUAUCUGGCUCGGGAUCGGAAUGUCAUCUCACCAAGAUGAACCCGGUGAGGUUGUUUCGAUCUCUCGGCAGCUGUCGAAGUUGACCUCGAGAGCCGUGCUCGAGCCUUGUGUUCAGAUUUACGAAAAUAUGGAGAAGGGUGCCUUGGAUGUCUCGCAGUUCUUGUCUGAUGAGGCAAUCCCGAUCGGAGGUUUGGAUUUCAGCGGCGUAUCUGGUUCCGGCAGGGUUGGAGAGGAUGGUGAAAUUGAUGAUGCCAUUAAAGACCUGACUAUGUGGCAUCGCAUAUUUGAGCAUUCUGACGAUGAUGUCAGUUCCAUCAGGGUUCCUUGCAGUACUGCUGGGACCGGAUACGGCAUCCCUCCACCACCUCCACCACCUCCACCACCUCCGCCACCUCCACCAGGGUCUUCGUAUGACAGUAGUAGGUAUGAUCCGAAUCAACUGCUGGUCACCAAGCCAAGGUAUGGCCCGAUCGACCCAGAAUUCGCAGAGGGUGAUCUUGAACAGUCCAAGGAAUGUCAGUUCGCUUUCUCGGGCCACGUAAUCGCCAUGCGAUGGGGAUGGGACCCCUCUCUCAGACAGAAAGUGCUCGACAUCUCGACGAAGCCCGAGGAAGAACAAGAAACUUGCCAGAAGGCGCUCGUGAUGGAAGGUCUCAAGAUCGACGGGACCUCGCGCAACAUCGAAGGCUAUAUGAUCAGGUCAUACAGAUCGACGAUCCAUCCGCAACACCAGCAUAUGGAUAGUUGGCUGAGAUCAUCGGUCGCCCAAGCGCUACUCCGUCGACACAUCCGAGAGGGCGGCGAACGUGGGACCGUCACAACUCUGGUGAUAGGAAAAGACGUAUCGGCUUCGAUGGACAAUACGGUGCCUGGCUCGACAACCAGUGGGGACGUAUCGACCGAAACCCAUAAGACCGUCACUCAUGCUUCUCAAACGGACUACACCUCCGACUGGUCCAGCCAGACAUCUGGCAGCUCGACUGGCCUCAGACCAUUUGACCAAUCCUCCUUCAGGGAAUCGGUCAAGGGUUACCGACCUGAUCUAUACCUUCGCGAAGUCUUUCAUCUCAACUUCAAGAAUGCCAAAGACAGUCCCUACAUGGAGGAACGUGAUCGGUGUCCCAGUGGAGACUGA